AGAAGUUCACUACGGGCCAUCGAUGCAAGCAAGCCUUCGUGAUCAACAUCAUCGACUCAGACGAGGAAGAGCCCGAAACCGAGGAGAAUUUAGAGCACGAGGACGAGGUUAUGGUACCCGAUGAGGAAGCUGAAAUCUCGAUGCACGCAAUGGCUGAAACAAGAGGACCUAGGACGAUGCGACUACCAGCAUUGGUCAAGGAUCGCCGAGUGUUCGUACUCGUGGACAAUGGAUCGUCGCACAACUUUAUCAACGCUACUCUAUCCCAGAAGUUGAAGUUACCGAUGACCAAAAUCGAGCUGUUUGAAGUCCGAGUGGCCAAUGGAGAGAGGUUGAAGUGCUCGGAUGCUUUUCGCGAGGUACCAAUCAAGUUCCAAAGGGUUACUGUGAAGGCCGAUCUCUAUGCCUUGCCCCUAGUCGGACCCGACAUCUUUCUAGU